AAAAGUGCCGUAAAACUAAACCGGCGGCAGCCUUUGUGUCAAACUCCGAAAUCGGAAGCACUAACAAUUUCCUUUUGUCUUCUCUAUUUUGGUCAAAACUCUCUCUGUCUCAGGUUGUCUAAGCUGGUCGGUAGUAGACUAGUAGGUACUGCUUCAAUCUAGUAGGUACUGCAUUAAUUUAAAUGCUAUUCUGCAAAUUCUGCAUCAGUCAUUUUUCCCCCUUUUUCCUUAAUUGUUAAACAUUGAUUUUGCCUUCGAAUUGGAAACCCUUUUGAAGAUACUCACCAGAAAUGUUGAAAUCAGUAGGAAUCAUUUUGUUGCUGAUUUUGCUGUCUUUGUCUCUGCUACUAAUUUUGUUGUUUCCACCCUCCGGUUUCUAUGUCUUGCAUAACUCAUCUUCUGGAUCUGCACCCAUCUUCAGUUCCUACCAUAGUAUUUCGAAUCACAGUGUCCCUCUGCUUGCCCACUCCUUGUUUAACCUUAAUUAUCAACAUUUUGUAAGAGAAGUAGUUAGAGUAUAUGUGAAAAUUACAUCUUCAGGACCUCAAAGUUUAACACUGAAGAAAGAUUGUUGCCUCCGGGGGCCGGUAAUAGAGGAACUUACAUUUCUAGCUGGUUCUGCUCCGUUCAACAGUUGUCAUGCCUCUACCAUCGUGGAGGUUGAUAAAGGUCACCUUCUGGUUGCUUACUUUGGAGGAACAUCUGAAGGAGCACAAGAUGUCAAAAUUUGGUUGCAGACAUACAAGGAUGGCUACUGGCACCAACCUGUUGUUGCUGAUGAACAACCUGAUGUUCCAAUGUGGAACCCUGUACUAUUUAAACUUCCCUCUCAUGAGUUGCUGUUAUUCUAUAAAAUAGGCCAGGAUUUUCAAAGGUGGAGUGGGUGCAUGAAGCGAUCAUAUGAUAGAGGCCUAACUUGGACAGAAAGAGAACAACUUCCUCCUGGGAUAAUAGGACCGUCAAAGAACAAGCCUAUUUUGCUGAAAAAUGGCCAUUUGCUGUGUGGAUCCUCUGUAGAGAGUUGGAACUCUUGGGGAGCAUGGGCUGAGGUCACUGCAGAUUGUGGUAGGACCUGGAAGAAGUAUGGCCCGAUUUAUCUUAAAAAUGAAAGUCUUAGUGUGAUCCAACCCGUCCCUUUUGUAACUGCAAAGGGAACGUUGCGCUUUUUAAUGAGAUCUUUUUCUGGCAUUGAUAAAGUCUGCAUGUCAGAAUCCCAUGAUGGAGGCCAGAACUGGGAUUAUGCAAAACCUACUGAACUCCCCAACCCAAACUCAGGUAUUGAUGGUGUUAAGCUGAGCAAUGGCCUUCUGUUACUUGUCUACAACACAAUCUCAAGGGGUGUGCUUAAAGUUGCCCUGUCUACUGAUGAUGGUGAUUCAUGGCAUGAAGUACUGACAUUGGAAGAUGGAGAGGAGAUGGAAUUCUCCUAUCCAGCUGUUAUCGAGAGUAGUGAUGGAUCUGUUCACAUCACUUACACUUAUAACCGGACACAGAUCAAGCAUGUUGUCCUUCAACCAAAUUGAUAUGGUGAUUUGUGUUUUCCAUCAGUUAGGCAUGAAAUAUAGAAGGUAUAUUCUUCUUAAUCAGUGUUUUGGAGGCCAACUUAUUAUAUGCUGUAAUUAUUGUACCAUACUGAAACAUGAUAUUUAGUUCAUCCAAAACUCCAAAUAAUAGGCAUGAAAAUAAUGCGUGCUGGUAUGUAUGGAUGGUUCCCACUGUUUUUUUAGAAAUAAUUCCACGUUUUGUUAAAUGAAUGAUUAUUUCCCUGCAUCGUUAGAUCAUGUUUGGUUCCUGGAAUGGCUAUUUCAUGGCAAAGAAAAUUAGAGGGAGUGCAGGAUACAGUUAGAUCAUUACUUAAUUUCCUUUAUGAUUAAUAGGGAACGAGAAGGUGGUAGUAACUAUAAUUCUCUCCUCCCAAGGUUUUAGCUAUUACCGCCUUGUUUCUACUAAUUAAAAGCUCUACUUUCACUUAAGAUCCAUGGAAGCCAUAUCAUGAACCAAGCAUAAUUUGUGGUCCACUCAUUUGUUUUAAUAUUUACAAUUUGUACAGUGCACGUCUGCAAAUACGUUAUUUUGUUUAGCUAUAUUCAAUGAAGUUAUACUCCAUUU